CCUCUCCCAAUCUCCCAUCUGGCCCGAGAUAAGACAAGGGUGGGGAUCAGCCCUAUAAACAGGCACCGAUCGCUCCCCUGCCCCAGGGCCCAGCUAGCUCGGACCACAUCAGCCCAGGAUCAGCAUGGCUGUCCGCCUAUGUGUAGUCGCCCUGGCUUUGGCUGCCCUCCUCACUGCGGACAGGGAAGUGCCAGUGAGGGCAGCAAAGUUGAUUUCCCCAAGAAUGCCCAUCUGUGAGCACAUGGAGGAGUCUCCUGUCUGUUCCCGGUCAUCCUACCCGGUCUGUGGCACCGAUGGUGUCACGUAUGACAAUGAAUGUAAGAUCUGCUUGAUCCGGCUGAAAACCAAACAGGACAUCCAGAUCUUGAAGGAUGGCAAAUGCUGACCGCCAUAGCAGCCUCUUAAGCCAUGAAGCUUCAGGCUAGAGAACAGUGCUGGGAGUGGAGGAUGUGACAUGAAUAAAAGAUCCAGC